AUGAACAACAGCAGUUGGUCUCUGGUCUCCGACUUGGUGGACUACGACUUGGUGGACUACGAGGUGUCUCCGGAGGACAUCCCAGACGCCACGCGCGGCCCCGCCUUCCUGGCGGCUAGCGUGGUGAUCGCGGCAUCGCUAGUCAGCAUCAUGGCGGUGUGCGGCGUGGGAAAUUGCGCCUUCAUCAUCGGUCUUCUUCGCUACAGGAGGCGUCGCGGCCUGACCGACCUCCUGAUGGCCAACCUUGCUGUGUCCGACACCCUGGUGGCGGUCAUCUGCUGCCCCCUGCUGUUGGACUACUACGUGAUCAGUCGGCUGUCGUGGCGUCACGGAUUGGUCGCUUGUGCAACCGUCAACUACCUAAGAACGCUGUCGCUACACGUGUCCACCAACGCGCUGCUCGCCAUCGCCAUAGACAGGUACGCGGCAAUCGUGCACCCCAUGGUUCCUGGCCUGCCCCCCCGUACAUGGUAUUUUGUGCUGGUGGCAGUGUGGGGGGUUCCAGCUGUGAUCUCCAUCCCAUCGGCCACAAUGUCUUCGGAGAUCGAGUACCCCCACGGGGCAGGCGGCGCCCCUAAAGCCUUCUGUGCUCAGAUCUGGCCCGUGGACCAGCGAGUCUUGUACCGAUCCUACUUCCUGCUGGUCUUGGUUCUGGAAUUCUUGGUCCCGGUGUUCGUGAUGGCGGCCUGCUACGCUCGUAUCUCCAAGGAGCUUUGGUUCAAGAAGGUUCCGGGUUUCCAGACUUUGCAGAUCCGCAAGCGUCUGCGUAAGCGUCGGCGGACGGUCCUGGUCCUGAUCCUGGUCCUGCUGGCCUACGUUCUCUGCUGGACGCCCUACUAUGGAUUCUCCCUGCUCAGGGAUUUCUACCCUACCGUCAUCUCCAAGGACAGGAACGCCCUGGCGGUGUUCUACGUCAUGGAGUGUGUGGCCAUGAGUAAUGGUGUCAUCAACACACUUUGCUUCAUCAGCGUCAGACACAAAGCCAGGAGCACCACAAAGUCCAAACGGUUCAUUCCACCCCCGCUGGUCUACUUUGUGGCCCGCAAGUCCACAAGUGAUGAGGCCCGAACCUCAUCGCUCAGGGUCACAGAGGAGCUGGGAGGAGCAAGCACUAAGUAGCCCCGAUGGUCCUGAUGCGAGCUCCAUCUCGCGCUGAAACUCCUGAUAGUCCUGAAGGUCCUGGGAAGCGUUCAGGAGGACCAAGACCAUCCUAACCUGAUGCCCAAACACACCUCAUCUGGCUUUACUCUCACCCUUCCGGAUUAACCCUUCUCAUCCUGUCUCUAAUGGAGAACCCUGACAUCUUGUAGAGAAAACUCA